AUGCCCACCGCUCAACGCUUACUGUUGGCUCGCAUUCAUUUUUUCCCCAUCAUUCCCUGGCAAAUCAUGGCGCAGAAUCUCACCUUUGACCAUGUCAUUUUUUUUUCCUUUCUUCUGUUUUUCUUUUUGAAAUUUCCCCUGAUUUGUCUUAUCUCUCUUGUCGUCUCGACCUUUAAUUCAGUAAAUCAUUGCUUGUCUCCCUUGAAGCUUCACAUACACCUUAUCACUUAUCCUUCUCCUACUGGCGUCUUACUUGAUUUCAUGUUUUCUUUCUUUUAUUUUUUCAGUGAUAGGUUUUAUUUCUUUUUUUUUUUCUUCCUUUCUUCUGUCUCACGUUUCUUUAUGUAUUGCUCAUUAAUUUUUAUUUCUUUCUUCUUUAGUUUCUUUCUAUCUAUCUAUCUAUCUAUUUUCUUUCUUUUUCUUUCUUUCUUAAAGUUUCUAUCUAUCUAUUACAUUUUUUCUUUUUCUUUCUUUUUUAAAGUUUCUAUCUAUUUAUCUUUUCUGCCUAUCUAUCUAUCUAUCUAUCUAUCUAUCUAUCUAUCUAUCUGUCUGUCUGUCUGCCUGUCUAUCUUUUCUAUCUAUCUAUCUAUCUAUCUAUCUAUGUAUAUAUCAUGUUUUCUUUCUUUCUUAAAGUUUCUAUCUAUCUAUCUAUCUGUCUGUCUGCCUGCCUGUCUAUCUUUUCUAUCUAUCUAUCUAUCUAUCUAUCUAUCUAUCUAUCUAUCUAUCAUGUUUUCUUUCUUUCUUAAAGUUUCUAUCUAUCUAUCUAUCUAUCUGUCUGCCUGUCUUUUCUAUCUAUCUAUCUAUGUAUAUAUCAUGUUUUCUUUCUUUCUUAAAGUUUCUGUCUAUCUAUCUAUCUAUCUAUCUAUUUAUCUAAGUUUUCUUUCUUUCUUUCAUGCAUCGCUUACAUAUUUUCAUCCUCUCAAUACUCUUAUUUCUCUCUAA